CCGCCCCUCACCAUCCCCUUCCUGCCACUCCCUUUCCCCUCCUUCCUGCCCACAGUCAUGCACUCCCAUCUGGAGGACUACGACGAGGGGAAGGGGGAGGGGACUCUCUGUGCUCUCGGCCCGGCGGACGGAGACGGCGGCCCGACGGAGCAGACGUCGACUUCCCCGAUAAGCGAGUGGUCCUGGACGUCUUGCUGACAGGACAGCGCCGACCCGACCGACCCGCCUGCCAGUCAGCGACUUUGUCAACAAACCGAAGCCGUCACCCUGUCCAGGAUGCCGUCGUGGCUGCUGUUGCUGUGCUGCUGUGCCGUGGCGGUGCAUCCGGCCGCCCGUGCCGCGCCGCCCGAAGACGCCGCGUUGCGUGCCCCGGACGACCUGCAGGACGGCCUCGUCGUGGAAGGCUUCACCGACCUGCCGCCCACGCCCCCCGAGCCGGAGCCGUCCACCGAGGCCCCCGAGCCCCCAGAGCCGGGCUGCGCGCCGUGUAGGGUGGGCAGCUGUCCACGCUCGGCGGCGGACUGCUCCACGGGACUGGCCCCUGACCCCUGCGGCUGCUGCCCCCGAGGCGUGUGCGGGGUGCGCGAGGGCGCGCGCUGCUACAACGCGUCCACCAACGGCGACCUGGCCGCCAGGGCGCUGGGCGUCUGCGGCGAGAACAUGGACUGCGUGACGCGGCUCGACCUCGGCGACAUGGACAAGCCCGAGGCGCUGUGCGUGUGCCGGGACCAGGGCCAGGUGUGCGGCUCCGACAACACGACCUACCCGUCCUCGUGCCAGAUGCGCGUGGCCGGCGCGGCGGGCGGCCAGGACGAGCCGCCCGUGCGGGUGUGGCUCAAGCACCGCGGCCCGUGCCGGGCGGCGCCGUGGAUCGUGACGCCGCCCGCCCCCGUGCAGUACGUGGCGGGCUCGCCCGUGUCCCUGGAGUGCGAGGUGAAGGGCUUCCCGGCGCCGUCGCCGUCCUGGGAGCGCAUCAGCGCGGAGGGCAUCGCCACGCCACUGCCCAGUGACGACGCCUCCCUCGUGGUGAUGGUGCGCGGCGGGCCCGAGGCCUUCAUGGCCUCCUCCUGGCUGCAGAUCAUGGCGCUGCGCCCGGAGGACGUCGGCACCUACAUCUGCGUGGCCACCAACAGCGAGGGCGUGGCCCGCGCCGCCGCAGAGCUGACCAUUCUACCCUGAGGCCGACUGAGGCCAUUCUAUCUGCACUGCUUGCACGAAAAACUCUUCCUCAAUUGUGCUGCUGCGCUCUUUCCCGUUAUCUGCUGUGAAAUAAGGUAGGCUUAGGCUUAGAUAAAUUAUUUAUUAGAUACUUCUGUGAUUGUAGAGUACAUCAUUUGUCGGCGUUCCCGUUGCCUAAGUAUAAAAAAAACCUCUUCCUAACACCGUACAUGUAAAAGUAAGAUUAUGGCAUCGUUAAUUUGUAUAAUUCGAGUAAAAAAUAAAGCAAAAUUAAAAAGUC